GAGCAGCCGAUUAACCGACGCACUCCACAGCCCUCCCCUCCCCUCCUCCCCGUCCCCGGAGCGAAAAAAAAUCCCCAAUUCGCCGACAAUGUCGCUCCGCAAGCGCCAGCGGUCGGCGAGCAGCUCCCGCCUCUCCUCCCUCUCCUCGCCGGCGUCGCCCCCCCGCCCCGUCGCCUCCUCCGCCUCCGCCUCCUCCCCGCCGCUCUCGUUCCCCGGCGCCGACCUCCUCCUCCGCCUCCACCUCGACCCCUCCUCCGACGACGUCAAGCCCGACCUCGCCGCCUUCCUCGACCUGCACGUCUCCUCGGCGUCCCUCCUCCGGUCCCGCUACUUCGCGGCGCUCCUCUCCGACCGCUGGUGCCCCGACCCGUCCUCCUCCCCGGCCGGCCGCCUCUCCCUGGCCGUCCCCGCCGCGCCCUCCUGCGCCCGCCCCUUCCACGCCCACGUCGAGGUCGUGCGCCUCCUCCACACGCUCGACUUCGCGGGCACCAUCCGCUCCCCCGCCGACGCCCUCGACAUCCUCCCCGUCGCGCUGCAGCUCCUCUUCGACGCCUGCGUCGAGGCCUGCAUCCGCUUCCUCGAGGCCGUGCCCUGGUCCGAGGAGGAGGAGGCCCGCGUGCUGGACCUCGCGCCGCUCCUCCCCGGCGACGAGGCCGCCGACCUCCUCGCCAGGGUCUCCCUCGCCCCCGCCGCCGCCGCCGCGGCGGGCGAGGCGGCCGCCAGGUCGCCCUCGGAGGCCAUGCUGCACGGCCUGAUCCAUUCCGCCAUCCACGGCCACCCCGUCCCCGCCGCCACCAAGGCGUUCGUGGCGAUGCUCCUCAAGGACUACCCCUCCCGCGACUGCGUGCACAAGGUGCUCGACGAGGCGUUCCUCUCCCGGCUCGACACCGUCAAGGAGCUCCUGGGCAAGUACGCCAGCCCGGACUUCAGGAUCGCCGUCGACAGCGACGAGCGAGAGGCGAUACAGAAGUUGAACCUGCACUCGGCGGUCCUAAAUGUGAAGCAUCUGCUCUGGCUCAUUGAGAGGAUGGUGGAUAUGAGGGUGGCCGAUAACGCGGUGAAGCUUUGGAGCGAGCAGGUCGCGCUUGCUGCUGACUUGCAGAAGUUGCUCAACGAUGCUGACAUGUGGAGGAACAUGGCUCCUGGGCUCCCGAUGCUUGUGACCAGAUGCACGCUCAGGCUUGCCCAUUCAGUUAUGAUUGGGGAGACACUGGUUCCUCGGCAGGUGAGGAUGAAGCUUGUCAAAAGUUGGCUUCCUGUCCUGAAUGUCUGCAGGGACAUCGCCCAACCUAUGCAUAGUGGAUACAAAUCGUCGAACUGCCAAGAGCUGGAGGAGACAUUUCUUAAGAUCAUCUCCACUUUAUCCGUCCCAGAUGCUCAGGAGCUGCUGCAACAAUGCCUUGGGUUCUCAACUCGCAACGUCGAUGACUGCCAGCAUUUGGUCACCGCCUUCAAGACAUGGUUCAGGCGAGCUUCCAGGGAUCCACAAGGUCCACAAGGCGGGGAAGACUGAGAGAUGGAACUGACGCUAACGUUUUCAAGCAGCGUGCUCCGUGCCUCAUUGUACAAUCGAACCUGUAGUUAUCUGUAGGCGUCCUUAUCCUCGAAUAAUCUGAAGUUUGUUUAGCCUGGUGCCUGUCUUUUGUAUAUAAAAUCCUUGAUUAUGCACUAAGCUAAGCUAUUCACCACCUUCUGAGAUACUAA